AUGUAUAAACCCCUCAACACCAGUCAGAGGGAGACGAGACUCGUCACAAUCCUUCCAGGUCGGUUUGAUGAUGCGGUCUAUUGCGAGCUGCAUGUCAUAUCUUUGUCCAGCAGCCCUGUUUACGACGCGCUGUCCUACGUCUGGGGCGAUCUGAGAAUCACGCGAGAGAUAUUCGUUCAGGGAACUGCCCACCAAGUCACUGCCAACCUCGAGGUUGCGUUACGCUAUUUGCGCCAGGUCGAUAAGCCGAGAGCUCUGUGGAUAGACGCCCUUUGCAUCAACCAGAACGACAUUCCUGAGAGGAGCUCACAGGUCGCCCAGAUGGGCCAUAUCUACAGGGGUGCUCGGGAAGUCGUUGCCUGGCUUGGGGAGGAAUCAGACAACAGCAACCUUGCUUUCGAUCUGACAGAAGCUGGAUCACGUUUGUCAUAUUGGUGCCGCGGCCUCCAGUCGGACGGCGAUCCGACAACAUCGUCCUUCGGCUCGGAGCACAUCCGUUCUUUGGAGAUUUUAACAAAAAGGUUGUGGUGGAAGCGAAUAUGGACGUUUCAAGAACUCAUCCUGGCAAAAUCCGUCCAUUUUAUCUGCGGAAACCGCAGCAUGGACGCUGCUACACUCUUCGCGUUUGCCCGAGUGUAUUUCCAACACGUCAAUACUUGCGACAAAUGCGAUGCCUCGCAAGCUCCGCACCAGGAAGAUAUGCUGCGGCUCGGCGAGAUACUGGCCCCUCUAGUCAUGCUGGACCAGUCGCGCCAAGAUGCUGCGGGCUUGUAUAUCCCCCACACGGUACUCCUAUACCGCAGCCGAGACUGUACGGAUUCGAGAGACAAGAUCUACGGAUUCAUCGGCUUGGAAGCAGCCAACAACGCUUCACCCUCCCGGCUACCAGACUACUCUCUCCCAGUGUCCGAUGUCUACGCUCAAGCAACUCGCGACUUUAUCGCCACAGAGAAGCAGUUGUCCGUCUUCUCUCAGCUGCUGCCCCGAUGUGCGCCGCACAAGAGCCCUAUAUCAGACGACCUACCGACCUGGGCCCUCGACCUGACUGCCGCUGCCACUCCUCAGGUCUCGAUAGACAUGUACACACGCAUGACGAACCUCCGGCUCUACAACUCCACCGCACCCGGGACGUUGACGCUGGGACGCCGUGUGGGGUUGAAGAAGCUCGCUCUCAUGGGCAGGGUUGUCGGGACGAUAGGUUCGCCCCUCGGCGAGCCGUGCCCGGCGGACCGUCGCGCAGACGCCAACAUUUACUACGCAUGGCGGCACUUUGCGAGAGUGGACGAUCGAUACGACGAGCCCUACGCCGGGCAAACGCACGUGGCGUACGGCGACGCGUUCUGGCAAACUCUCUGCGCUUCCGUCGUCCCUGCGCACUCCAGGGUCGCCGACUACGGAGACCUCGUCCGCGCGGAUCCGGAGAGACACCGCGGGCUCCACGACGCGUGGUGGCACUCCCUCUUACCCGACGACCUUGCGGACGCCAGGAGGAACCUCCGAAUCGACCACGACAUCACUGCGAACGAGAUCGCGCAGUUCUUCUCCUGUGUCAGCAUCGCCACUACCAUGAGAAGGCUGAUGGUGGAGGAGAGGGAGCAUGGGUGGAUGGGGCUAGUGCCCCAAGAUGCCGAGGAGGGCGAUCGCAUCGCGGUCAUUGACGGUGGCAAAGUGCCAUACAUACUACGCCCAAGUAAAGAGGAGCCGGGAUCAUGGUGUUUGGUCGGCGAUGCCUACGUUCACGGAAUCAUGGACGGCGAGGCCGUAGCGCUGGGCGAGCGUCGUGAAAUACUGCUUGUCUAG